AUUUCCAUGCACGACACAUCAAAGUCUUCGCUCCCAAUAAUAUAAUCCAUAAAAUAAUAUUAGAUGUUGCAAUCCUGACAUAGUCACUGCCACACGCGACGACCAGGAAGACAGAAGAGGCAAAUGCUGGUCGUCUAGAGCGCGCAGGAGAGCAACAAUCGAGCAACUUCAGUUGAGUCGCGAACUGAUUAGAAUCAGUGUGAAAGUUUGUCACUUCGAGGGUGUUGAGUAUGUCGCCACCAACAAAACAACGAGCCGCAACGAUGUUGCUGCUACUUCUUUUCUCUGUCAUCAUCAUCAGUGUUCACUCUGACAGCCAGGAAUCUAAUUUCGAAUUCCAGACAACAAAAUUUCGACGGACCUCAGAGGGACGACGCCAGACAUCCACAUCUAGACGCAAUACGAAGAAGGAAGUGACCAUCAUAGCAAAGACACGCAGGAGAUUGCAACGGAAUGUCAGCAGUGUGACCACAUUCGUCGACGGUGUGCCGGUCUGGAGCAAGGAGUCGGAGAUGUUGAUGCCCGAGGGGUUUUCAGACCGCCGCGUUCGUCGGUGGCAAGAAGAAACUCGCCGUCUGCAGAUCAGAACGAUUCUGCCGGGUCAAUGCGGACGGUCGCCUAAUGCUCUCGUCGUUUUUGACGAUGGAAGGAAGGCAUGCAGCAGAAUGAGAAAAGAUGACAAUGCCAUCAUGGGUGAUAGCUACUCAUUUGCUCUCAGUCGCCUGCUUGGCACCCAUUAUGUACCCAGUACCAUAUUGUCAGACAUAAGAACUGAACAGUGGAGAGCAGCUGCUUCUUAUUUCAAGAGUUAUGGAAAGGAUGUCUUUCCAUUUGUUCUUGUGACAGAGUGGAUCAACAAUGCAGGGAAAGCGUAUGUUCCACAGAUACUGAGAAGGACGCACAGUCAUGUCCGACCAGAUGAGACAUUAGCCAGCCUGAGGAGUGAUGAAAUUCGGGAUCUUAUGCAGUGGACUGACAUGGUGUUGUUUGACUACCUGACAGUGAACACAGAUCGAGUGAUGAGUAUGUUGUAUAAUGAGCUGUGGAGCAAGGGGAUUAUGGAACGGCCAGUCCCUAACUUGCUUCAAGAAAAAGAUGGCUUACUAUUAUUCCUUGACAAUGAGCUUGGAUUAAUCUUUGGUCAGACCACUAUUGAACAAUUAGAUGUAUAUAGAGCACUUCACAAUCAAAUGCUGAACAGUACGUGUGUAUUCAGACUAAGUACAGUUGAGAGAGUCAAAGAGUUGUCACAGUCAAAAGACAUUGGGAGGACAAUCAACGAAAUGUUAAAACAUUUGGAUCCACUAGCUAAGGAGCUGGGCUUAUUGGUGACAAAAUACACUGACAAACUGCAAAGUAGAAUUGAUGAUGUGUACAGACACAUGAAGACUUGCUAUAACACAAGCAAGUAACAAUAUUAAUGAUCAUACUUAUCAGAUGAACUGAUAAGUAUAUGCCAGUACAUGUAUAGUUUGGUGACUUGGCAAGAUGCUAUUUAUUACUUACAAAAUAUUGAUACAAUAAAUACAAACAUGUGAAUUUGUUUAAAGUUUACAUUCAUUUAUUUCAAGAUGAUUUUAAUAAAAUAA